CACACCAUGUUAUCCCUUCCCGAUUGUCGCGUCGAGCGGCACAGUUUUGGAGCUUUUUACUCACGAUUAGCAUCUAAACGCGAGUCGCGAUUGAAAACAGGAGAAACAUUUGUGAGUGAGCUUUAGGUGCGCGAAGUACUUGGAACGAACGGUUGGAAACUACGCCGCGAGCAGGUUUAACCUGGCUGUGGAACUAACCUCUUUAACCUCGGGCACCGAUUGGAAUUCGUACACAGGAAUUUUCUACAGCGAGAAACGUCGCUACACCGCUUCCUUCACACGCAGACUACUGUCUUUGGUGAAAAAGGACACUUGCAUACAGAAAUCAUGUCGAAACGCAAGUUCGAUAAUAUGGAAGGUGUGCUCGGUAAGCAACCGCUUAAGAACUCGCUGGACUCCGACGAGGAUGACGACGAAGUAAAUGAGGAUACUUAUAACAUCAUGAAUGAGGAUGAAUUCGAAGGUACGGAAGAUGGACCCUCGGCGCCAGAAGCAAACGUGGGUUUUACAGCAUUUAAUAUGAAAGAAGAGCUGGAGGAAGGACAUUUUGAUAAAGAAGGUCAUUACCUUUGGAAGAAAGAGAAGCAGAUAAGGGACAACUGGUUGGACAAUAUUGAUUGGGUCCAGGUCAAACCCGAUUCCACUAAUGCGCAAAAGAGUACCAAGUCGAGCGAAAAUACUGGUUUGGGAGACAGCGACAGUGACGAUGAAGGAGACAUUUUGUUUGAUCCUAUUCCACUAUAUAAACAAAUUUUAGAGUAUCUUAAACCAGGUGAAACCGUUUCAAAGACGUUGUGCAGACUUGGUAAAGGGAAAAGGAAAUUGACUACAGCUGAAAGAUGGAAAAAGAAAAAGGAGCCUAAAACGCAUGUAGAGGAGGAAGAUCCAAAUUCUGUUAACAUAACAAAAUUAACAGAACUAGCAAAUGAAUUAUUAACACGCACCGGUAAUAUGGACAUAUAUCAAGAAAGUUACGAACAAAUUAAAAAGAAGAUUGAACAAGCAGACAAACAUGCACACCCUUCGAAACAAGAAGCGGAACUAGAUAUGUAUUCUGAUGAUUUUGAUAAAAAGGAGAAGGCAAAAUUGGGUGACGCCGAUAGUGGAAAGACUGCGGAAGCAACCGAAGCGGAAGAAACUACAUCGCUAGAAGAAAACGUAACAUGGGAUCUGAAAUGGUCGCAAGAUGAGAAUGCAGAAGUAAAUGGGCCUCAUACUAGUCAGCAAAUGCAUGCGUGGGCGAAAGAGGGAUAUUUCAAAAAGGGUGCCUGGGUCAGAAGAACCGGACAGCAGAAUCAAUUUUAUAAUGCUGCUAGAGUAGACUUUGAACUUUAUCUGUGACAUUUCUAUCCGAUACAAAAAUGUGAAUAAGUAGAUAUAAAAUUUGUCUGAAUAUUUGUUAAUUUAUGUAACUUCUAUGAAAGUUAAAUGCAUUAUACUUAUAUAUAAUAAUACAUGUAAAGUUUCUACCCGAGAAAAUAAUAGAUUUUUAUAUAAUAACAAAUCUGUAUAAAUUCAAAAUAUCACAUUGUAAGAACGAAAUAUGCAUAUAAAUGGCUCAAUUUACAAUAGUUGAAUAUUAUAAUUUUAAUGUAAUAAAAUUGAAAUUUUUAUAAUA